AAAUCAGUCCAUUUCCAUCUCUCCCAAUGCGAACAUUGAUCCAACACUAACUUUCACCUUGCUUUCUCCACAAUUUCAUAGCUUUCUUCGUCUCGAUAAAAACUCCAAGUCGUUUUUUCGUCACCUAUGUAAAUACGACGCAAUUCACGCAGUUAUUCGAUAACUUUGUAAAUUCCAAGCGUUUGGUACCGUAAUUUUGCAAACUUUUCAAAUAUAAAGAUCUUCACUUGAAGUGUGUAAACUGUGUUAAAAACGGGAUAAAAUUUAAAAUAGUAUGGAAAUUCUGCCACAAUUGGUACAUAUCAGGAUCGAUGUCCAAACGAGUUGUCCGUGUCGUACAAGUUUUUUCAUGCAGCGUCGUCCCCUCGUGUUCUUAGGAGUCUGAGAAGGAUACAAAAUACCGAGAUUAUUCUAUUCAUCGCACCGCACAAUGGGUCAGUGUCCCUCGAAAAGUUUGGACAGCAUAAAAACUUUGGAUUAUCCAGGGAAGAAAUUUUAUCUGUCGCACAGAAACAAGAUCGACACCGUUGCGGACGUCAUCAUCACGAAGGAAGGCGAGGGUGGGGCUGGAGGAGGGGCGGAAAAUAACGCCACGCGACAACCCUCGUCUCGAAGUUCGUUUAAAGGAAGCGGAGGGGGCAAAAAGGUCGCGAUCGCCAUGGGUCUCAAACUGUACCAUAUCAGCGACUCCCCGCCAUGUCUCGCCGUCCGGAUGGCGUUGGCCUAUCUGGGCCUCCAAGUAGAACUCGUGGACAUCGACUUCCUCAAGGCAGAACAAGCCUCGGAACUUUACAAAAAGAAAAAUCCACAAGGCGAAGUGCCCCUGCUCGAUGAUAACGGCUUUCUCCUCAGUGAAAGUGUGGCGAUUCUCCAAUAUUUGGCCGAGAAGUACAAAGUGGACGAGAAAUUCUAUCCGAGUGCUGACCCUCAAGCCAGAGCGGUCAUUAAUCAUCGCCUUUCCUUCCACCUGUCAACCUAUUAUAAGGCCAUGGCCGACUAUGUGCUGCUGCCCAUUUGCUACGCGUACACGAGGAGUGAACCCAACUUGAAAAAGGUGAAUCAUGCGUUGACCGUGUUUCAAGAAUUGCUCGGGAGGCAAGACGGAAAUUAUGCGGCUGGAGCCGAUCUGACCAUCGCUGACCUUCCCCUCUUUGUGGGAACCCUUCUCCUCCAAGUGAUCGACUUUGACCUGAGUCCUUACCCAGGCGUCAAAUCCUGGUACGCCGCCAUCCAGUCGGGCCACCCUGACCUUUACGCCAUCGCGGAAAAAGGGCUCGCUGAGCUGAAAGAGUUUGAGAAAAAUCCCCCCGACCUUUCCCAAAUUUCUCACCCGAUCCACCCCACCGACCGGAAGAAGCAGCCCGACCCCGAAGUCACCGACAAACCGGAAGUGACGGAAAUGAUGCCGCCGCCACAGCCGGAAGUCGUGGAAGCGACCCCAGUCGUCGUACAACCGGCAGAAAUUGAACCGUCGUCGGAAACAAUAGAACCAGCCCCAGAAUAAUUUUGACAAGAUUUUAACCAAUUAGCUUAAUUGUGAUUAAUUUUUCAAAUCUUAAUCUGGACGUGAAUCAUAUGUAUGGAUGGAUGAAUACAGUAAAUGUGGGAAUAAAAUGUGGGCAUGAAAUAUAA